GCCGCUGGCCGCGGGGCCCGGGCUGUGAGCGCGGCAGGGCGAGCAUGGGCGCGGCGCGGGGCAUCGGCAGCUUCGCCGUGUGGGACUACGUGGUGUUCGCCGCGAUGCUGCUCAUCUCGGCCGCCAUCGGCAUCUACUACGCCUUCGCGGGGGGCGGCCAGCAGACGUCCAAGGACUUCCUGAUGGGCGGCCGCAGGAUGACCGCCGUGCCCGUGGCGUUGUCCCUCACCGCCAGCUUCAUGUCGGCCGUCACCGUCCUGGGCACCCCCUCCGAGGUCUACCGUUUUGGGGCCAUCUUCAGCAUCUUCGCCAUCACCUACUUCUUUGUGGUGGCCAUCAGCGCCGAGGUCUUCCUCCCGGUGUUCUACAAGCUGGGGAUCACCAGCACCUAUGAGUAUUUAGAGCUUCGAUUUAACAAAUGUGUUCGUCUCUGUGGAACAGUCCUCUUCAUUGUUCAAACAAUUCUGUAUACUGGAAUCGUUAUUUAUGCCCCUGCCCUGGCUUUGAAUCAAGUCACAGGAUUUGAUCUGUGGGGCGCAGUAGUUGCAACAGGGGUGGUCUGCACAUUCUACUGCACGCUGGGUGGUCUUAAAGCAGUUAUCUGGACAGAUGUUUUUCAAGUAGGGAUCAUGGUGGCUGGAUUUGCAUCUGUGAUUAUACAGGCUACGGUGAUUCAAGGUGGGAUCAGCACUAUUCUAAAUGAUUCCUAUAAUGGUGGAAGAUUAAACUUCUGGAAUUUUGAUCCUAAUCCUUUGCAAAGACAUACAUUCUGGACAAUUAUUAUAGGAGGGACCUUCACAUGGACCAGCAUCUAUGGUGUCAACCAAUCCCAAGUGCAGAGAUAUAUUUCCUGUAAAAGCAGAUUCCAGGCAAAAAUGUCUCUCUACAUCAAUCUUCUGGGACUCUGGGCAAUUCUCAUCUGCUCGGUGUUAUGUGGGCUUGCCCUAUAUUCCAGGUACCAUGACUGUGAUCCUUGGACAUCCAACAAAGUAUCUGCACCAGACCAGCUCAUGCCUUAUUUGGUACUGGACAUCUUGCAAGAUUUUCCAGGACUUCCUGGACUUUUUGUGGCCUGUGCUUACAGCGGGACGUUAAGCACAGUGUCCUCCAGUAUUAAUGCCUUAGCAGCAGUAACUGUGGAAGAUCUAAUUAAACCUCACUUCAGAUCACUCUCAGAAAGGUCUCUCUCUUGGAUUUCCCAGGGAAUGAGUGUGCUGUUUGGAGUUCUGUGCAUAGGAAUGGCUGCACUGGCAUCACUAAUGGGAGCUUUGCUGCAGGCAGCACUCAGCAUAUUUGGCAUGGUUGGUGGACCACUUCUGGGCUUGUUUGCUUUGGGCAUUUUGGUUCCCUUUGCCAACUCAAUUGGAGCACUUGCUGGUCUGAUGGCUGGAUUUGCUAUUUCUUUGUGGGUUGGAAUUGGAGCUCAACUUUAUCCUCCACUGCCUGAGAGAACUAUGCCAUUAAGCCUUGAAACCUAUGGCUGUAACAACACAUACAAUGCGACAAAUUGGGUGACAACUACAGAAAUGCCAUUUACUAGUGCUUUUCAAGUACACAAUGCUGAAAGGACCCCACUGAUGGAUAACUGGUAUUCUUUAUCAUAUCUAUACUUCAGUACUGUUGGAACUUUGGUAACGAUGUUCAUGGGAAUGCUAAUUAGUUUACCAACAGGAGGAAGAAAACAAAACUUAGAUCGCAGAUUCCUACUAACCAAAGAGGACUUUUUAUCCAAUUUUGACAUUUUUAAGAAGAAGAAGCAUAUUUUAAGCUAUAAAUCUCACCCAGUAGAAGAUGGUGGAACUGAUAAUCCUGCCUUCAACCAUAUUGAAUUGAACUACACAGAUCAAAGUGACAAGAUCAGUGGGACUCAUUUGUGACGUGCUGGUGACCUAGGUGAUCUUAAACAUUGAUUUAGUUACAUAUGUUUUCUAAGAUAAUUGGAUCAGGUUUAGAUUUCUUUUUGAGGGGAGGGUUCUAUUAUGAGUAAAGUUUUGGUGGGAGGCUUUUGGGGAGUAAAAUUUUGUUAAAGCAAAGUGCUGACUCUUCACUUACUAUACUCAUUAACUGUUGCUACUCUGGAGUUGAGUUUCAGCAUCAGCAUUUUCCUCUAUUUCUCUCUUUUUUUUAAAUGAAGCUGUAGUUUUAAAAGUUAUGACCACAUAUAUGCUGAAGGAUUAAUACACACAUAUACACACAUACUUGAUGGUCAAAAGACUAUUCUUAAAUUUGGGCAUUAUUGGAAAUAUUUUCCAUGCAUUUGAUGCUAGCAUAUAAAUUUCAGGUUUUGCCAAAAUCAGAAGUAAUACUGAAAAGAGCUUUUCUCCUUCUAUGAGAUACUCUAUUUUUAGGAAACAAUGAGGUGACAGAUUUACAUUGUCUAGAUCUUUGCUUCUCAUUGAUUCAUAUCAGCCCUAUCAGGGAGGAUAGUAACCUUGGAACCAAUUCUGGCUCAGGAGGGUGGUAGUCAAGAAGCAUCCUGUUUGGGGCAGAACAUGGGUCCCAUGAUGAAUGUCUUUUUGGUGCUAUGUAUCCAUUCUUGUGCCUUUUCACUAAUUAUCUGGAGCUCCUGGCUCACUGGCUGCUUAUAUUGCCUUACGCUCUGGUUCUUACACACAAUCCUAGUUUCUCAGGUUGUGUUGUACACUUUACUCUGCUUGCCUUCCUAUUUCCCUAUUUACUCUAUUGCCUUGGGUUUGUCUUGAGAUGCCCCAUGUGAAUCAUGCUACCCCAGACCUUGGUUCACUAAAUUCCAGACUAUAAAUUAGAAACUCCUAUGAGCCUGAUAUUAACAAAAGUACUUUCAACAGAGGUAUUUAAGAAUUUGGUGACCAAAGAACAUUUAUGUGAUUCAGAUGGUUAAAUUCUGUGGAAUUACAUGAUUAUGUUGAAUGAUAUUAAUUUGCAUGUCAUCUAAUUUGCAGUCAAUUGAUUUUAAAGGUACAUAAGCUUAGGAGUCUUAAAUUAUGUGUAUUCACCCAUUUAAAGAGCUAAAUUACAUGGGCAAACACUACUGUUUUUUUAAUGUUCUGGAAUUAUUAACCGUAUGCUGUGUUCCAUGCUUUAAAAUUUCAAGUAGCAAUCUCAAAGCUUGUUUUGUUAAUUUUGCUGCAUUUUUAACUAAAAGUUUGGUCACAGGCUUUUAUCAAUAUUUCUUUUCUACAGUUGCCACAUCUAUUGUUUAGAAAUGUGUUUCUUUUGUUUGUUUGUUUUACAAUGUUUUAAAAUAACGUGAGAAACAUUUAGGCACAUUAAAAAUAUUUUAGAAUUAAAUACUUUUUUGCUUAUUUUCUCAUAUUUAGGAAAGUAUGUUCUGUACAUUUAUAGGUUGCCAAUUGAAAACAUUAAGAAAUCAAAGAAAUAAAGUAGUGUUUAUCUAAAGCAAAGAGAUUUAUAUAACAUUUAAAUUAAUGAUGUGUUCAGAUAUUUCAUAUGUGUAUAAAUGUUAUUUUUUAAUCAACAUAUUUGUAAGCAUACAUCAAACUUUGUAAAUCUUUCUACAAUUUUUUAAUGGGUAGGAAGAUAUAAUCUUAUUUGUUUUAUGCAAGUGUGAUUUGAACUCACUAUUUACUAAGUGUAAGCACACGUCUGUAGAAUGCUUCAAUUUUGGAAAUCAAAGUCCAGUUAUUUAAAUAAUUCUUUUGUUUAUCUAACUGCCGAGGGAUAUACAGUAUGUUCGUAAUGAGAGAUCUGAGACUUCCAUUCUUAUUCACUUUUUUAAACAAAAUAUAUCUUGUAACUUUGGGAACUGUUGGUAUUUUUACCUUUAUAAACACAUAAGGGUGUCAGACCAAAUUCUUAAGAAAUAAAAGUACUGUUAUUAAUUAUGAAAUAUAAUUUAUCUUAUGUGAAUCUUUGGGUAAAAUCAAACAAUGUAAAAUGCUACCAUAUCAUAAUGUAAAUGAAUCAUCUAAUGUUCUUAAUUAUUUCUGAAUCACAACAAUCCCAACAGGAAGGAAAAGGAACAUAACUAGUCUGUUUUCGUCAUUGACAAAUUGUAUGACCUUGAAUUUAUCCUUAAUCUCCUCUACUGAUGGAAUUUAAGACCAAAUACUUAACUACCUUACAGAAAUAAUGUGAGUAUAAAAGAUCAGAUAGCACUUUAUUAGUUCAAAUAAUGUCACUUAACAUUUUAAUAUGAAUGGAAAUCAAAAUUUGAGUCAAGCUCACCUGCCAGUUUAAAAAAAAGACAAACUGUUCAUAAUUUGCAGUGUAAUGAUGUGGAGAUAGUUCCUUCUCUAAAAAAAUAUGUGCCACAGAAAUAUUGAACUAGAUUUAGGAAUUAGCAAGAUUAUUCAGAGAGAAUGAAACUUUAAGAAAGCUACAGACCAAUUAUAUUCACUCAAUAGAGAAAUGAAAAUUUUAUAUGCAGGAUUUAAAAUGGUAUAAAUGUAUAUGCAUCUAUUUGAUUGCUUAUGCAUUAAUGAACGUUUGGAAAUAUGUGAAUACAGUUUUGGUUGUCACAGCUGGUGAUGAGGUGCUACUGGCAUCUAGGGAUAGAAUUCAGGGACGCUAUCAAACAUCCUAUGACACAUAGGCUAGCCCCUCUCCACAGCAAAAAAUGCUCCUGCCUUGAAUAUCAGAUUGUUGAGUUUAAGAAAUCCUGUUUUAGAGGCUAAGGUUGCAAUUGCAAUUUUCCCUAAGUCACACAUGUUGGUUUUGUUCCUUUAGGGAAAUCACCUUGACUCUUCUAUCUGAUUAUUCUCAUCUACAGAUUAGGAUUAAGGUGUCACUGGCAUAUACCAUGUUAUGAAACAAAAAAAUGACCAUAUAUAUUUUUCAUAGCAUUUUGAAAAUAUUAAGGAAUAUAAAAUUGUAAUUAUGAAAACAACUCUUAAGAAAGUUUCAUUUUGCAACAUGAUUUCCAACAUUAAUACAUAUUAAGAUGAAGGAAAUAUUAAAUAUAGGAAUAUGAAGAUUUCAUAAUUUUGUUUUAUUUAUGAAAACCUCAGAAAUUGUAGUUAAUUUGUUAACCACUCAGUGUCUGUCCAUGAUGUAGACUCAAGGGAGGGAUGGACUUGAGAUGAGGAAUUAACUCUGUGUCAAUUCCUGUAGAAAAUUCUUAGUUUUUUCCAAGAAUAGUUGAUGAUAUAGAAUCAACUGAGCGCACACACAGUACUGAAAAUUCAGUACCCAGUUUAGCUAUUGUAAAAUUUACUUUUAUAUUUAUGUGCCCAUUGUGAAAAAUCCUGAGGGAAUUGAACUUAAGAUGUAAAACAUGUUUGCAUGUCUGGCUUUUCAACUUGCUGAUUAAACUCUCUACAAAUGUC